GUGCUCUCUGCUCUGGUACAGUCCUGUGAGGCCCUGAAUGUCAGCGCGGCCUUGUGCCUGCCACUGGCGGCUGUCAUCUCAGCCUGUCUGGAGCACAAAGCAGGCAGACAAUGGGCCGAUCAGACAGGUGUUUGGUCGAUGCUGAUAUCGGCGGUGCUGUCAUCUGGUGGCGGCCGGUACAAACCCUCACUGCACCGACUGCUGAUUGGUCGCCUGGCGCGGCUGUGGGCGGGGCCCGCUGCAGAGGUGAAGGGUCCUCUGGAGGCGCUCACCAGGUUCCUGGUGAUACCGUCCCGGCGACUGAUGCAGCCUGUGGAGAGGGACUGUCCGCCGGCCUGGCUGAGCUGCUGUGAGGUGCUGCUGCGGCUGGUUCAGCACCUGCUCAGACAGCCGGACUGUCGCGCCCUGACUCAGACGGACCACCAUAGGCGGCUCAUAUUGACCCUCAAACAGCAGGUGGCACCACCGAUGGAAGUAUCGCCGUCCUCGUUUAUCCCCGCUCAGCUGUUUGUCGGCCUGCACCUGCUCGACCAAUCAGCGUCCGAGGAAUCUGUGAAGACAGCGGUACAGAGGGCGUGCAAAGCGCUCAGCCGUCAGGCCGAGAGAAAAGAUGCGCUCCGUAACGUCACCUCCCUGGUCCUGGAUGCCUGCCUGUUGGGCGGUAUCAGGUGCUGCCACCUAUCGGCAAUAGCUGCAGCUCCAGUGUGGUCGGUGCUCCACAGGUGGCGGGCAGUAAAACUGACCUCCACAGAAACAGACAUCGAUGGAGAAAACCGGAAAGCAGUCGAGGAGUUUGUGGCUGGUGACAGCCAUCUGGCGGAGGUUCUGGGAACCUCUAGUACCAGCAUAGCUCCGCUGGAAGGCGGUGACGCUGACCCUGAUCUGACGAGUGACCUUGACCUCUUGAGGAAGGUGUUCGUGGGCCGAGCGGACCGUCCGGCAGUAUCGCCUCUGGAGCCCGCUGCCCUGUGUCGGCUGAUUCAGCCGUGGGUGCUGCUGCUGAAACACGGCGUGGUGCGGUCAGCCCGCACUCAGGCUGACGUCCUCUCACUGAUGGCAAACCUGUGUGGACCGACUGGCGUCACACCGCGUCACUGUGGAGACGGUGAUGUGACGUCACUGACGGGACUGGGUGACGUCAUUGUCAAUGUGCUGGAGAGCCCGGACCUCACUGAGAGGGUGGCAGUGUGCGCGCUGCAGUGUCUCACCCGCUGCUGUCGUCUUCUACCUCCCUCCCGCGGUUCUGGACCGUUAUGGGACCGUCUAGCUGGACUUCUCAGCACACUUCUUACCAAACCCACUGGGGAAGACUCCAUGGACGCUGCCGGGGAGGCGGUGCUCGCGCUGGUCCGAACAGCCAAUCAGAGGGCGGCUUACAGCCCACCGACCAAUCACAGCGAGGGUGACAGACAAGCAACCAAUGGCGGCACCGCGCCACCUCAGCCGGCCAAUGGGGAGGAAGAGUGCUCGCUGAGCGGAUGGCUGGCGACCAAUCGGCUGGCUUCUGUGACUGUGACGUCACUGAUAGGGGCGGGGCCUGGCGGCAGGCGCGUCGCCCAUUGGCUGAUCGAAGAGGCGACCGGCGCGGUCUGGAGAGACAUUGAGGAAAACGUCGACCUCAGUCGGCUCCUGGCCAGCUGCUCGGACGGUGACGUGGUUCUGGACACGGCUCCGCUGCUCUACCUACUCCGUCGACUCUCUCCGGGCCCGGGCGGGACGCGGCGCCCCCUACCACCCGCUCUAUGGAGGGACUGCCUGCCCCUGCUGCAGACGGCACUGUGUUCGGGGGAGUCGGUUGUCGCUGCUGCUGCUCAGAGGGUGUACCGGGCCGCUGUGGACUGUGAUCUCGCCUCCGGCUCUCCCGUCUCUGCCUCUGCCGUUGUCAGCUGGCUAAGAGACGGUGCCGGUCGCUCUCUGCUCUCCCUCGCCUCCCGUACUCUGCCCGGCUCGGACCAGCACAGCGCAGACUCCAACCUCAGCAGUGGGGAGACUGGGAUUACUAAUGAUGAGCGCACCUCGGCGAGAGUGCUUUUGAGGAGGGUGGCUCGGCUGCUUUCUGGAGAGAAGCUACCAGCUGGGUCUGAGGCCCCUGCUCCUGCUGGCAUUGCUGCUGAAGAAGCUGAGGUUGAUGAAGGUAGAAGUAUUGAUCAAGAUGUUGGAUGUGCAGAAGCUGUCGUUGGAUCUCACGCUGAAGAUGCGGCUGCUAAAGGAAGCGGCAGGACAAGCGCUGGGAACAUCGGAAAAGACAUGGCUAGGACGCAUGGUGACGUCAUGAAUAAUACGGAUGACGUCACUAUGACUGUCGGUGACGUCACGAUCUGUGAUAGGCUGGAGCCAGGCGCUCUAGAGGAAGUAAGAAGGCUGUGUAUGGAGGUGGCAAAGGGUGAUACCGGGAACGAAGGCCGACCACGUGACUCAGAGGCGGGACUGGAUACAGUUUCACGUGAUGCAGUGAUAAGUAGCGUGCUGGCUCAGAGUACUGAGGAGUUUUUCAGCGGUAGAGUGGGCGGGGGCGGGGACGGAAAGGCUCAACUCCGCUGCCGCCCAGAAGUUGGGAUAUCACUGACUGAGUUCCUAACCGCUGCUUCCGCGGUAGAGGCGACGGGCAGUGGUGAUUCAGCGACGGUGGCGUCCUCUGUAUCGGCGACCGCAGCGCCACCUGUGCCAGCUGCGGAGCGGAUAGAGGCUCUGGUUGACCGAGUGUCUGCUAGGGUGCAGGAAGUUUUCCGAUGUGCGACAAUGGAUCGGAAGAUUGACAUACCAACUGACUGCUACUGAGGAGCAGACUCGGGUCAAAGGUCAGGUCAGUCAAUUCGUGUUAUGCGGCAGCUUAGUAGUGGCUAGUCUGCCUGUAUUUCACUGCUAUCGCUACUUAUAGCUGAUAAUGUCGUGAAUGCAUGCCUGACAUCAGCCUUCGCCGUUUUCCCGAUCUUUGGGUACCAUGUUUUUGAUAACUUUUCAAAUGAUUUAAGGUACAAAUAAAUGUUGCUUUGUAUA